AUGCUGCUUCUGUUAUUCCUUGCUACGCCUGUGUGCUCGUCCUCAUCUUGUAAGUGAUAUCGUUGAUUUCUUUAGAUUCGUUGCAAAAGGUCUAUUAUCCUAGCUUCAUCAAAUCAACAACUUGUGAAAUCCAAAGUUUUCGAAGCAGUGUGGCAUGGAGACCAAUUUCAGUCGACAGACUUAUAUAUCUUCUGGCAAAGAUACGAGGGAAUAGACAGGCUUUUUCUAAUUUUCCGAGAGGGAUGGUUUUACAACAAGACAAAUUCAUUUUAAAAAUUCACUUAAAUGCAAAAUUAGAAAGCUAUAACUCUUUAGAGAGGGUAAUGAUAUUCUCUGCUGCCUUGCAGUUUAUGAUUUUAUUGAAAGAGUUUCCAGUAGUCGUGUCCUUGUGUUUACGAAAAGAUUUCUGAGAUCGCCACGGGGCAAACAUUUCAACUCGCUAGAGAGAAAUAUAUGGUGAAAAGUUGGUUCGACGUCCCAAAAAAUGAUUUUGGAGAGAAAUCAACGCUUUUUCGCCGCAGUUUUAUCACAAGUGGAUUAAGAUAAUGUUGAUAUGGAGGAGGUGCAAGUUUUUGUUGACAUUACCACGAAAUAUGUUUUAAAAUAUACCGAUUAAGUUCUCUCCUCGCGAGAUCGUCAUCGCGUAUUGGUCUCGACAUAAUUAUUACAAAAUUAGACAUGAAUCGCAGGGAAAUAACUCAAUUAAGUCUUCUAAGUUAUAUUUUUGUGCGUAAAGCCUGUUUUCAUACUUUUUAACGUAUUAAAUAAACAAACUACGAUGCCUGAAAUAUAAUUCCUCAAAGGAGAGAAGUCGUCGUCGGCGGAGAUGGAAAUUGUACUAUCCAAGCUGUUGUUCUUUGGAUGGAUGAAAUAAGCAAUAAAAACAACAGGAGAUCCUUAGGUCAAAUGAUAAUUUGUCGAGAUAAAUCUAAAGGUUUUUGAGCUGCCACUUUUCUCCUCGAAGUCCUUGUCCUUAGAGGAUCUUGUUUGACAGAAAAUGUGGACGUAUAUUCAGUUGUACAUCGCUCUUUAAGCGACCCAUUUGUACCUAUUGAUCGUCGCAUAGGUAAGGUUUAGUUUUGAGCCGAUUAUUAACGCUGGUUCGCUCUCAUUGAUUACAAAAAAGAGACCAUGUAGGUCUUACAUCACUAAAUGUAUAACGAUAAUAUUUAUUAAUGCUUAAAGACACCAUUACAAUCUCCUGUUACCUCGAGGUAGUUGUUGCAGCGUUUUGUUUUGUUUUUUUGUUGGUUUUUUUUGCCAAGCCAAGAAAAAAGGCAAGAAGUAGACUUAACACACGUAAAUGAAAGUGAAAAAGCUUUAUUGAUUUUUUCUUAGCAAUUUAUUACCAAUAUUUCAACAGCCCGAGAUCAUCACGCGAUGUGAAUUCCACUAUACCGCUUGCGCAUGGAGUAAAGUUAAUCGUUAGACUUUACUACAUAUUUCACGACUGAUUGAACAAAACCCUGCGCUAUUCUUGUAUCAAUAUUACCCACACCCAAUUCUGAUAAAAAAACGACAAAAAAGCGAUGAUCUGUCAUAGAAACUGUUUUUUGGACGUCGAAAUAACCUUUCGCCAUGCAUUUCUCUCUAGCGAGUUGAAAUGUUUGCCUAAUGGCAAUCCCAGAAAUCUUUGCGCAUACACAAGGAUCCGAUUACUGGCAACUCAAUAAUUGACACUUAUUUAAACCUACGAAGCUGAAACUGAUAAGACUAAGUCAUUGCUAAGCCUGGAUCAUCGCAUCAAAUAUCAAACAACUUCAGUGCGUCUAAUCUGAUUCCUUCAAAUCAAUACCUUCAACUAUUCUUUAACAAUUCAUGUUGUUUAACUACAGCGAAGGUCAUGCGUUAUUUACCCCCUUGUUUUGACAUGCUUAAAGUUUUAGACACCUCUCUGUUUUUAAAACGACAAAUCAUUCCAUAACGUCAUGUUAAUUGCUCGAUUUUAUUGCAAGGUUAAGUAUAUUAUUGUACACUGUUAAAAACGAAGUGUAAACAUGCCGACGUAGUUUAAUCAUUCUAGCCAUAUUUUCCAGCUCAUUACUAUGUCUGCGUUCUUUUUCUUUUUUUCAUCUUUUUCAUCAUUAUAUUUUUGUGCCUUUGGUCUCUUUCAACGUCCGUAAACAUAUCUCGUGUUUUCGAUUAGUGUACGUUAUUUACAUUAUCCUAGGACUGCCAACUCACUCGCAACUGAUAACAAUAAGGCUACAUUGACUUUAUGCAGGCAGUUCAUGGAGAGCUACACUGGUUUUACGAUAGCUGCAUGGUUACCGAAGGUCACUUUAAAUUUAUGAUGGCAGUUUACUAAGAGAUGUACUUGUUUUAAAGAGGCCAGAUAAAUUACAGUUUAUCUAAGUUACCGCGAUCUGUAUUGAUUUUUUACUGAAGGGCAGUUUUUGAGAUAUGUUUUUGAAACUUUUAAUCAUGUUGGUCAUUUUAUCUUGUCCAAUCAGUAUUUCUCUUUUUCUUGUGUAAAGCGUGUUCAGCACCAAUGGGUAUGGAGAACAGACAGAUAAGAGACGCUCAGAUCACUGCUUCUUCAGAAUAUAAUGAGAAUCAUGCCGCAGUUCAGGGAAGGUUGAACUUCAAGGCCUUGGGAGUCAAAACAGGGGCAUGGUCAGCACGGACAAAUAAUAUAUAUCAAUGGCUUCAGGUGGAUCUUGGUAAAUACCGUGUUGUGACAGGGAUAGCCACACAAGGACGAAAUGCAAUUUACCAGUGGGUAACCUCAUAUGACCUUGAGUACAGCGAGGAUGGAGUUACCUUUGUUUAUUAUAAGGAAGAAGGACAGAGUUCACCGAAGGUAAGCAAUGCUUAAAACCGACGUAGUUGUAGUUAUUGUUAAUUUACUUUCGAGUGCCAUCUUAAUUUGAGUCAAGACCUACUUUCAAAAACCUCCAUUAUUUGCAAAUAGCGUUUGCUGGUCCUUGCAGGUGAAAGAAACUAGAUUGGUAUAAAAAUAUGACUGAGAAACUUUUUAAUGUUAAGGAUUAUACUUUGACGCAGAGUCAAAUUCGUUUUUUAACUAUAUAUCUGAAGGGCGGCCGGAGAUCGCCAUGAUGAGCUAGCCGUAAUGAACGUCAGCAUGAUCACAGUCGCUCUUAUACCGUCAUAAUUAAUAUUAACAGUUAUGCCAGUCUGGCUAUAUUUAUAAUAAUUCCUGUUUUGCUCUGUUUUUGAACACAAAGCUGUAUGUACUAUGAACGGGUGUUAGCUGUCCUUGAUUUGUAUAACAGUGCGUAAGCUUGCAAUCUAACUGAGCGUGAAAACCUUCAAAACUCGCACUGCAUGUCCAUUCGUUUUCUCUUCGAGGAUUUUCGUCUCAGCUCACGUUCUUUUAACGUAAAUUACAGUGCUUGGCAUGUUUACGAACCUUUGUUUGGUUCUUGUGUUGCUACUUGCCUGCUCAGUCAUUCCGAAAUUUCACUGCUAUCAAUUAACGAAAAAAGCUUAGAGAGAAGUCUGGGAAAUGGUUGGACAUAGUACAAUCUGGCAGAUGUCGAGACAGCUUUAGCUCAGCUCUAUGUUUUGUACUCUGAUAGAGCACGCUCUUUCAACCCAUGACAGCGCGUGUUAUAUCCGAACUUAAAUAUAAUUAUGAAUGGCCUUGUUUACUACGCCAAACAGAGCAGACUAUUAGCGUACAUAGACGAAACAGCGAUAUUUUAUGCCAACGGCAUGCCAGAAAAAAUUGAAUACGUUAUAAAUGCAGAUCUUGCCAAUGUCGAUAAAUGGUACGAGGCAAAUGGCAUGAGGAGAAACACUCAAAAUACAAACUGAGACGAACUUACAUUUAAGCUACCAAAGACCAACACUUCGUCUUGCGGCAUAAGUCGUGAAGGAACAUUGCACCGAAAUUAUGAAACUCAAUACCGGACAAAAUUAGUUCAGCGCUAUCUUUGAAGGCUUUUGAAAAUAGCAUAAGAAAAUUAGAACUUCUAGGUCUCUUAUUCCCAUCUUGUUUUAAAUUCUUUAAUCAACAGUGACAUUAAGAUUACUAUUUGUCUUUCUUAACAUUUAUUCUACCAAAUUUUUAAACUGAGUACAGAAACUUUUAUCACUCCACAAAAACAAUUGUUAUUCACUUAAGGAGGCUCCACAGGGUUUUUGCUCGACGUUGGCGCAAGCGCCAGCGUAUUGUUUUUCUAAAAAAUUUUCAUCUUUUCGCUUUUCUACGUCACUAAAAGCCAUCAAAAGGGCGAUGAGCAAGGUUAGGACUAUCGUUUGCUGUAUUAGAUAUUAUCAAAAUGAUUUUCGUUAUUAAGCUAAGGUUCCACAAAGGGAGGCGCUCGCCAGCGAUAAUUUAGCUUUGCCUUUGAUUUUCUUCAAUUUUCUUCCGUGAAAUCUCUCAAAAUUUUCACAAUUUGUGAAAUUUGUCCUGCCGAUCAUUUAAAAGCCGAAAAAAUUAGGGGUUACAAAGGAAGUUUCCUCGCUAUUUGCAAUUUUGGGGAUUUUUUUCCUCUAUCUCAAAUUUGGUCAUAUGAAUUUCUUUUUCCAACAGGCACUAAGGGCACAAGUAUGUUUAACGGUACAGCAAAUCUAAAGAAAUUCCACCAAAGGAAACGCGAUCAAUCUUACUCGAAAGAUGCUUAUUGCCUUUGUCGCAAAACAUUACGCCAAGAUCGGUAUCUGAGCAUGCGUAGACUUUCGAAUCGCCCGGCUUUUUGCAAUCUUUCCCUCUGUGUUUUCUUUUCGGUUGACCUCUUUUUCGGGCGUAGAAGGCCUAUGAAUAUUACGAAUGCAGUAGCUGGAAACCCUAGAUUCCACCACAUAGAAACUUUUUUGUGUUAAACUGUUUCUAACUCAUCAUUUCAGAUAACAAUCGUGCGAUCGUAUCGAGCCGUUUGUUUUGCACGUUGACACUUUAAAAGCUCGCGCUAUUUUCGAACCUCGAUCUCGCGCGGUCAAAAAGCCUGCGUAACAACUGGACACUAGCUUGUAAGUGUUUCUCGAUUUACACAAUAAACCGAUAUUUAUGUAACCAGUUUGUGGCUUUCUAAACAUUUUUUUAUGUAUAUUUAGCGAUUCAGUGGAAAUACAGACUCCGAGAGCAUUGUUUAUCACAAGUUACACCCACCGAUUCAAGCUCGUUUCAUCAGGCUCAGACCUGCAACCUAUUAUGGUCACAUCUCACUCAGGAUGGAGCUGUAUGGCUGUUUAGGUAUCAAUUUCACCUUAUGUAUGUAAAGAAAUACUUUGUUAAAUGUCUUUCAGUCUUUAAGAGACUGGCUGAGCGACUUACUGUCUUCCAAACUAGACUAGCCGAUCAUGACCGAAUGACGAAUAGACGAACAAACGAAUUGUUAAAAUGAAGAAUGAACCGAAUGCUGGAAGAAUAAAAGAUUGAACGACUAUUUGACUGACUGACUGACUGACUUGCAUUCCAUUCUGACGUCUUAGUUGAGGAUGCAAUCUUUGAAUAACUACUUAAAAACACCCUCAGGUCCUUCUCUCUUGAUUUAUAGGGUGUUUGACACCUCUGGGUAUGGAGAAAGGAGGGAUAAAAGAUGCUCAAAUCACCGCCUCUUCAGAGUUUAGCGUUCAGCAUGCUGCAAAGUUUGGAAGGUUGAACUUUAGGGCAAGUGCAAAAGAGCAGGGAGGAUGGUCAGCAGGCUAUACCGUUGCCAAUCAGUGGAUUCAAGUGGAUCUUAGAAAGUACACUGUAGUGAAAGGAAUAGCGACACAAGGGCGAAAUGGUUACGGCCAGUGGGUGACUAAAUACAAGCUGCAGUACAGCGACGAUGGAGUGAACUUUCACUAUUACGGACAAUCCGAUCAGAGUCCGCCAAAGGUGAGGCUGUCUUUAAAUAUCUCUUUAUUCUGUUGGGAACAAAAGACGGCCCUGAAGUGGUAAGGUUUUUUCCGGCUCAUCUUCAGAUUGGUAUAAGUAUUGGCCUCGAAUUAAGUUUAACUUUGAGGAGAAAGAGUUUUAGUAAAAAGAGACGAAAAAGGAAUAAAACCAGGCGUGAAGGUAUUUUUCUAUCACGCAUGGUAGGGAAACCUUGAUCAGCGGAUGAUUAUACACAAAGACUCUAGGCUCUGACUUGAUUUGGUGACAAAUGCCGUUUCAAAUUUUUCUCCUGAUCUUUCGUAACGACCCAAAUACAUUUAUUAUUACGACAGAGGAUAGUGCACUAUUUAAUUUUGAGUAGACAGGGUUCUGAUGAAAGGUAGGGGAAGCACAAAGAAUGAGGCACAAAAUCUGAAACUUUUCAAAGGCGGGAAAUGCACGGGCCUCUCUUACUGAGUCUAACAAUGCCAAGUGGCCUCCUAUUUUAAUUUAAAACAUUAUCUCGACCCUUAGUCGUAGUCAUGGCCAGUUUCGCUCUGAACCCAAUAAAAGAUGUCAAACAUCUUCGUUGUUGUGUAAAGAGAAAUAUGCCUCUUCCUUGCAUUAUUUUCUGGUUUUAUCGUUCAAUUAUUUAUUUUCAUCGUUAGGUCUUUGAAGGAAAUAAAGACUCAGACAGUAUUGUGUACCACCAUUUGUACCCUCCGAUCAAAGCACGUUUUAUUAGAUUAAGACCGACAGAGUGGUCUGUCCAGAUCUCGCUUCGAAUGGAGCUCUUCGGUUGCUUAGGUAUGACUUCCACAUGAUGUGUGUGAUGAGUUACUGACUGACCAACCGACCCACCGAAUGAAGACGGACGGAAAGAACGACCAAAUGAACGAUCGAAAUACUGACUGACUAAUUGAUCUAUUUAGCGACCAAAGUAUCUAAUUUUAAUCAGGUUUGCUUUAUUUUUGCACCAAAUUUAACAUCUUGGGUAUUAAGAGCGAGAUAAUACAUAUUCACGGCACGUGAAUACAUCGGUUCUCGUCAUACUCAUCACAAAGUCGUAUUCGUCGACCAACACUAACAUUGACUUUGUAACUGGAAUAUAGAUCCGUCAGCGAGGCUACAAUGCAACCGCAACAACAUGACAAUACACAUUCCUAAGACCCUCCUUCCUGGUAUUAACCGUGAGCAUCUCCGACUCCUGGACACGAAAUGCAAAGCUGAAGAAGACAACACUUAUUACAGUCUAACGGCACCGCUGAUCGGGUGUAAAACUACACGCAGACACACGGCUACGGCUGUCGUUUACUCCAAUGUGGUCUUGAAAGUCCCCACAGCUUCCAAAAAUGCCAAGAUACGUGAGCUGAAAAUACAGUUCAGCUGUUUUUUUUCCAGUCAUGGUGUGGUGUCAUCGGUCGGUUGGAGAGCAGUCCACAAAAAAGUAAUAAUUAGUGAGGAGGGGGAAGGGAACUUUACUCUCUUUAUGAAUAUGUUCCCUGACAAGAAAUUUGCGAUUCCUUACAAGGAAGAGGAUUUUCCUCUCUUUGUGGCGAAGAAACUUCUUUUCUUGGAGGUAUCAUUGAUAACUGAUGAGCGGCUGUCAAUUAUAGCUGAUCGAUGUUAUACCACGCCCACACAUGAUAGAGAAAAUGCACAGAAGUAUGAAUUUAUUUCAAAAGGGUGAGCCAAGUAUUUGAUUAUUUCUUUUUGUAUCGGUUAAACUUUAUUUCAGAGCCAGAGCUCGCUCUCCUUAAUAAUAGUAAUUGAACUUAGAGAAGUGUAAUUUGGUCUGAAAUCAUAAGCGUGAUUUCAAAAUCGAACGAGCGCGCAGCACGAGCUUGAUUUGAUAUCACAAGUAUUUAUCCACAGUGAAAUACGUUCAUCGUGAACUCACAAAAUUCAAUCGCUCAAACACAGUAAUUUUUCAGUCUGUUCAAAUAUUCUAUUGAUUCAGCACUGAUCGAGUUUUUUUAUUUUAAUGAAUUUGAUUGGUUACUUUGGACAAGCCUUGAAAUUUGACUGGUUGUGGUGAUUUAGUAAAGCUUUUACAUUGAUUGGGAAAAGGUGCAAUUAAGAGCGAAAAAUGGUGCGAUUUGUGAAUAAAUCUAACCAAUGAGGGCCAUUCAGAGUGCAAGGAUCACCGGUGAUUUAAAAAUGGAUGUAAUAGGUAUGUGAAUUGUCAAGGUAAUCAAAAUCUUUAAACUUGAUAAAGCUCCUUGAUAAAUUUACAAUGAUUCUAACAUCUACUUAUUAAAUUUAUUAUUCAUGUCUCCCAUUUGGUUUUUGUUCUGCUUUGGUAAGUGGUAUAUCUCUGUUUUGCAGGGAAAUGUAUUUCGAAGACAGGUCACCAAAUUUGCGCUAUAGAAAAUGACCCGCACUUAUUGCUCUCGCAAAAUAUGGCCCUGUACAGAAACAGCUAUCUUUUAAUGCCUGCCACGUUGCAUGCGAAAAUUUCGCGAAAAUCAUGCGCAUUACGGAAACGCAAUAUUAUGCGAAACAAAUCAAUAAGUUGAACAACACGGCGUAGGUCCUCUUCUGACAACAUCUCGUUCUUUGGUCCAAAUGGAUCAAAGUGUAAUCGACUUAGAGGUAGAAGAAAGGUAGCAGUGAUUUCUAUUUGUUUGACUGAAUUCCCUAAACAGCAAUAUAAACUGGGUUGUAACUUGGGAUUUUUUCUUUUUAGAUGUCCAAACUAUCCCUCUGUGAUCUACCAUCCUGCUCCCUCGAUCAACUUUCAGCGGUUUAGCCUUGACGCCGCUAAAUUCAUCGGUACUGAUUCGUUUGUCUUUGUUCACUGCCAUGUGAUCGUAUGCAACGCAACCAACCCAGAUUCCCAGUGUGCGAAGAAGUGUCCUGCAGGUAACCGAGGGAAACGUCAGGUUAGCGAUCACGAGAUGGAUGCAGCGUAUUCUUUGGUCCAGGGUCCACUCCUUCUAGUUAGCGAGAAGAAGGAAGAGAAGAAAAGCAGUGGUGGAGCCAGUGACGAGAUGAAUGGUAAGUACGCAAACUUUAAAAUAAAACGUUCCCGAAGAAAUAUGCUAUACUGUACAAGGAAUUAAGUCAAGCCUAUAACUCAAAAUGUAAUUUUGUUCUCCGAAAUCAUGAUUAGAAGCCGGAGGUUGCCUUUGUCGGCGUGAAUUACUGGUGUGACUACAGUAGCCGCGCGGCGCUCGAAGAACCUAAAAAAGAAGACCAUUUUCCUGCAACCUUCACCGCUGAUGGCUGUCAUGUUUGUUUGUUUUGUUUUUUUUUUGUUUUGUUUUUGUCUUUGCUUUCUUCUCCUUUUUUUCUUUUUGUCUUUGUUUUUGUUUUUGUUUUCUUUUUGGGUGGGUCUUAGGUUUUUAGCUCCUCUCAUUAUCAGGCCUUUGAAAAGAUGACCAUCAUCAAUCUUGAUAGAUCACUUAAAACCUGAAAGGUAGCAUCACUGCCUUUAUCGUGCAUAGUUACAGAAUCUUUGAUUUGUUCAUCAGAAGGUUCUUUGAGACUUUGCGUCCGCUUUUAGUUUGUGAUGGUCUGCAGAAAUGUUGGAGCUGGAGGAAUAGCACAGUGAUCUCGCCAAUGUAUCAAAAUUCUUGCAUUUUCGGUUGAAUACCACAACGGAAAAGGGAAAUACCUCUAACACGGGCCUUCAGAUGAUUCUAGCCUUCCAACAUCAAAAUUUCCCUCCAGCCUUAAGACCAGCAUCGUGUUGGCCACUAUUUAAGAUAAAUAACACAAUACACAAACAGUCGAGUUAAUUAUAGGACUUCAAAAAGAUAAACCCAGAGUUGCUCAAGAUGGCCAGAUGUAGCGAUGAUUUAACUACCCAUACAAAAAAAAAUGUCUGUAUGAUAUCUUAAUACCUGUCUGGUGUACUUAACUUAUCAAUUACCUUCUCACCUCUCUAGCUUCUGAUACUACCUUCGUGGUAGGUUUGGUAAUGAUAUGCGUUGCUUGCUUGGUGGCCAUGGGAACUGGACUGGUAAUCUUUAGGAAGUUACGAGACAGGCGGUCUGCUGCAGAGGUUUUCAGUGGUCAUGAGAAGCAAGAGCCUGGACAUUGAUAAUACAGACUGGACUGGUACAGGACUGAACCGGCCUUAAAGGACACUUGAGUUUGAGAAAUACAUACGCUUAGAUGCGCAGUUACCUCACUUUAAAUGUUCUAUAGGGAUUCAGUAUUUCACAAGUAGACUAGCUUCCAAACAACUUAUGUUAAUUACCUCGAUCUUUCUGUCUUCUCGGUGUCACCAAUCAUUAGACGUCAUAAUUACAAUUUCUUUGUGUAGGAAUUACAGCGCUUUUCGAUUGAAUUUCAGUGUUAUAA